CUUUCGACGUCAAUAUCAAAACACCAAUGAGAAAACAGGAAUUAGAUGGAAGCUUGGAAAAAGACCGUUACAAAUACAAACACACUCGUCGACAUAUAUGUUAAACUACAACUGAUAUUUCAACACUUUUACGAGAGGCUUUGUAUGUAUUUGUGCGCCCUUUUUCGCACCGAGGUAAAUGAAAGAGGUUCGUUCCCUUGGAGACUCCGUAGCGGGUGUGCGCGCAGUUUCCGCCCACUCCGACCUCGGCAGGAAGUGAGCGGAGCCCAGUGAAAGUGAGCGAACUAUCAAAACAAACUACGUGCACCGCCUCAGCUCCAGCUUCACUCCAGAUAACGGGUUCCCUGACAUCACCAUGGACGGUGUACCGGCGACCCUGCGGUGCUCCAGUGAGUGCCACUCCGCGGAGAUGUUCGUGGAUGAUGCGGUGGAGACGGUGACUUCAGUGGAGCAGAAAAAAGUGGAAUGCAGCAUCGAAGAAGUCAUCAGUGUUUACAAGCAAAUGCACAACUUGCCACAACCGACGUUGUUGCGGGAACAACACUACCAGUAUCUCAAGAAGGGCUUACGUCAUUUAUCAGACGCCUAUGAGUGUCUGGAUGCUAGCAGACCGUGGCUUUGCUUCUGGAUUCUUCACAGUCUGGAGUUACUAGAGGAGCCCAUUCCCUCUGCUGUCGCCUCAGACGUCUGUCAGUUCCUGGCUCGUUGUCAGAGCCCAACGGGGGGUUUUGCAGGGGGACCAGGACAGCACGCCCACCUAGCUCCCACCUAUGCUGCCGUCAACGCCCUCUGUAUCAUAGGCACAGAAGAGGCCUAUAAGGUUAUAGACAGGGAGAAGCUGCUAGAUUUCCUAUGGUCAGUGAAGCGCCCAGAUGGCUCGUUUGUGAUGCACGUUGGAGGCGAGGUGGAUGUCAGGAGUGCAUAUUGUGCAGCGUCUGUAGCAUCGCUCACAAACAUCCUCACGCCUAGACUGUUUGAGGACACGACCAACUGGAUCCUCAGGUGUCAGAACUGGGAGGGUGGUCUGAGUGGAGUGCCAGGCUUGGAGGCCCACGGCGGCUACACUUUCUGUGGCACAGCCGCCCUCGUCAUCCUGGGGAAAGAACAUAUGCUCGACCUCAAAGCCUUGCUGCGGUGGGUGGUCAGCAGGCAGAUGCGGUUCGAGGGAGGCUUCCAGGGCCGCUGUAAUAAACUGGUGGACGGCUGCUACUCUUUCUGGCAGGCGGGAAUCCUGCCUCUACUCCACAGAGCCUUAUUCAAAGAAGGAGAGUCGGAGCUGAGUCGGCAGCGGUGGAUGUUUGAGCAGCAGGCCUUGCAGGAGUACAUCCUCCUCUGCUGUCAGAACCCAACAGGGGGCCUUCUGGAUAAGCCUGGCAAAUCCAGAGAUUUUUACCACACGUGUUACUGCCUGAGCGGCCUCUCCAUAGCGCAGCACUUUGGAAACACGGACCUCCAUCACGAGAUGAUCAUCGGCAGGGAGGAGAACAGAUUGGCUCCAACUCAUCCAGUUUACAACAUUUGUCCAGAGAAGGUGGCUCAGGCCCUGGAGCACUUUCACCGGCUGCCCGUCCCCGAGGACAACCGGCAGCCGGGAGCCUCCGCUGACGACGGGCAGCCGGACCCCGCCAGCGCCUCUGGAUCACCUGACCAUCAGUCCUAGUUAGUCCUCAGUGGAGACGUCACUGUGUGUGAACCAGCCAACUCUGCGGAACAGACUCGUAGCAGCAAACGGCAGUCAGGUGUGAUGUGGACGAGGCCACGGACCGGCAGGAUGGUGGACCCUCAGUAGAAACAAGGGCCGGAGGUCAGGAGGAGUCUGCCCGAAUAAAGCUCAACAGCUGUGUGUGGGUAGCUUUGCAUACAGCUGAAUUUUUGCUUUCAAUGCCUGCGGUUUUCAUUCUCUGAAAUAAAAAUGAAACUUUAUAAGGUUUCAGUAUGACUGACGUUAAUAAAACUUUAUA